AUGAUAAGAUUCUGCCCCGCUGGUAACCUUACUCGUCCAUUGAUUAGAAACUUUGUCACAUCAAGCUCUCAGUUUAUACCACAUACGCUUGCUUUAAGGCGGGUCCUUUCAAGAAAUGUACUAGCAAGAACUUAUUCGAUGGAAAGUGAAAAGUCGGCACCUUCAUUUGAUAUUUCAAAACUUACAAGAAAUGAAAUCAAACAAUUACGAGACUUGAAAAGAGCAAGGGAAAGAAAAUAUAAAGAUCGUACAGUGGCGUUUUAUUUUAGCAGCAUAGCGAUACUCUUCUUAGGUUUGGCAUACGCAGCGGUACCAUUAUACAGAGCCAUCUGUGCCCGUACCGGCUUCGGUGGUACUCCCAUAACAGAUAGAAGAAAAUUUACCGAUGAUAAAUUGAUUCCUGUAGAUACUGAAAAGAGAAUCCGUAUUUCGUUCACCAGUGAAGUAUCACAAAUUCUGCCCUGGAAGUUUGUUCCUCAGCAACGUGAGGUUUACGUUCUACCAGGCGAAACAGCUCUAGCAUUUUAUAAAGCAAAGAACAACAGUAAUAAGGAUAUUAUCGGUAUGGCCACCUAUAGUAUAGCGCCUGGAGAGGCGGCCCAGUACUUCAAUAAAAUCCAAUGUUUUUGCUUCGAAGAACAAAAGCUAGCUGCCGGCGAAGAAAUCGAUAUGCCUGUCUUUUUCUUUAUUGAUCCUGAUUUUGCUAGUGAUCCAGCUAUGAGAAAUAUCGAUGACAUUAUAUUACAUUACACAUUCUUCAGAGCACAUUAUGGUGACGGAUCUGCUGUAAGUGACUCGAAAAAAGAUCUGGAGAUGAGCUCCGACGAAAAAGCCGCAUCUUUAGCCAAUGCAGCUAUCCUGUCCCCAGAAGUGGUGGACGCAAGGAAAGACUAA